UUCCAACGUGCUGAGAGGAAAAGUGAAAAAGAAUAAAUUUGGUGACUUUUCGGCUUAUUUUUGACGAAAUAAGUGCGUUUCUGGCUGAUGAACUCAAAAAUUGUUUAAAAUAAUAAAAUAAAAGUUUUCAUAACAUUUAUUUCAAAAAUAAACCGAAAUUAGCACUUUGUGGAAAUAGAAAAAGUGCGAUAUUUAAUUCGUGCGAUUUUUGAAAUGCAAAAUUUUUGCAAGUUUGUAACACUGAGCCUCGGGUUAGUGUACUUCCCCUCUCGGGAAAAACAUUAGAGGAAACAAGUGCGAAAAACCCGUGUCCAUCAAUGUCAGACGUCGCAAUUCCAUCGCCGCGAGGGAAAGUCCGCAACAAGGCCUCCACGUGACCUCACCUUUAAAACCUCGUCGAUGUCCCAUUCCUCGUCACUUGUGAAUCAGUCGUGCCCCCACGAGGAUCACCCCAUCAUGCCGGCGACAGGUGAACAAGACUUGGUGCAAGACCUCAUGGAAGAGCCCGCCACUUUCAGCGACGCCGUCCUCUCCUCCGACGAGGAAACCUACCCCCAGUGCUCCAAGCCCCUGUCCAUGUACCCCACACCCCCCAAACCGGUCUCGUUCGAGAGCCUCCCCAACAAGGACCGCCACGAGGAGUUCUUGCGCAAAUCCGUGGAGGUCCUCCUCAAGGAGGCGGUGUUCGAGGGGACGAGUCGCAAGAAUCGCGUGUUGCAAUGGAGGGAGCCGGAGGAGUUGAGGAGGUUGAUGGAUUUCGGGGUGGGGAGUGCGCCCUCCACGCACGAGGAGUUGCUGGAGGUGUUGAAGAGGGUUAUAACGUAUUCGGUUAAAACCGGGCAUCCGUAUUUUGUAAAUCAGUUGUUUUCGGCUGUGGAUCCGUAUGGUUUGGUGGCACAAUGGGCCACGGAUGCCCUCAAUCCCAGUGUUUACACGUAUGAGGUGUCACCGGUUUUUGUUCUUAUGGAGGAGGUGGUUUUGAGGGAGAUGAGGGCCAUUGUGGGGUUUGAAGGGGGAAAGGGGGAUGGGAUUUUUUGCCCAGGAGGGUCCAUUGCCAAUGGGUAUGCCAUCAGUUGUGCCAGAUACAGGUUUAUGCCCGAUAUUAAGAAAAAAGGCCUCCACUCUCUCCCCCGUUUGGUCCUCUUCACCUCCGAAGACGCCCACUACUCCAUCAAAAAACUAGCCUCUUUCCAAGGCAUCGGCACCGACAACGUCUACUUGAUCCGCACCGACGCCCUCGGUCGCAUGGACGUCUCCCACUUGGAGGAGGAAAUCUCCCGUUGCCUCCUUGAAGGCGGCGCCCCUUUCAUGGUCAGUGCUACCGCAGGAACCACCGUAAUCGGCGCCUUCGACCCCAUCGAAAAAAUCGCCGAUGUGUGUGAAAAACACAAAUUGUGGUUGCACGUGGACGCCGCAUGGGGGGGCGGCGCCCUGGUCUCACCCAAACACCGCCACCUCCUCAAAGGGAUCGAGAGGGCCGACUCCGUCACCUGGAACCCCCACAAGCUCCUCACAGCCCCCCAGCAAUGCUCCACUCUGCUCUUGCGACACGAGGGUGUCCUCGCCGAGGCACAUUCCACCAACGCCGCUUACCUCUUCCAAAAAGACAAGUUUUAUGACACGAAGUUCGACACGGGGGACAAGCACAUCCAAUGCGGCCGCAGGGCCGAUGUCUUAAAAUUCUGGUUCAUGUGGAAGGCAAAGGGCACCUCCGGUUUGGAGAAACACGUCGAUAAAGUGUUCGAAAACGCGAGGUUUUUCGUUGAUUGCAUCCGGGAGCGGGAGGGGUUCGAGAUGGUGAUUGCGGAGCCCGAGUUCACGAAUGUGUGCUUCUGGUAUGUGCCGGAGAGGCUGAGGGGGCGCAAGGGCGAGUCUGGGUACAGGGAUGAGUUGCAUAAAGUCGCCCCGAGGAUCAAGGAGAGGAUGAUGAAGGAGGGGUGCAUGAUGGUCACGUAUCAGGAGCAGAAAGGACACCCGAAUUUUUUCAGGAUUGUGUUUCAGAAUUCGGGAUUGGAGAAGGCCGAUAUGGUGCAUUUUGUCGAGGAGAUUGAGAGGUUGGGGCGAGAUCUUUGAAAAGUAUUAUAAAAAUGUAAAUUUUCAUGUAUUUAUUCUCAUUAGUUGUAGUUUAGUUUAAUUUAAGUUGAAAUAUAUCAAAUUGAAACAA